AGAACGAGGUUGGGGCUUCACUUUAUAAAACUCACCGUCUGCGUCUCUGGAUUGCCCCAGCCGUCGUCAUCCACACUCUCAGCGACGACGACCAUGGCCUCCCCAUCGACCAGCCAGGGCAUCACGACCCGCCCCAUCUUGAUUCAUUCAGGCCCAGUCACCAUUUCCAUCCCUGUUCCUUCACAAGGCGACGAAUGGAUCGUUGCAGAGGUUCUCCGUGACCAAUUUGCUGCAAAACGUAGCGCACAAGACACCAUAGACACGACCGCGGAGAUCGACGACGUAGCCGAGGCGAGCGUAGAGCUGUUCGCCCUCUUCCUUAGAUUCAUCGCCGAAAAGCUCGAUGACGAGCCCCAAUCUUCCGCUGCGCGCACCGCGCUCCUCCUCGGCGCGCUGAAGCACUUCACAUCCACCUACCUUUCCGAACAAGACAUCCACAAUGUUUCAGCCUCUUUCGACUCAGAUGUUCGCAAGACGGUCCUCUCCGCUUACUAUUACGCACUUGCUACUCUGGAAGACAAGCAAAUCUCCGCUCCUCGGGCGCCUGCCUCAGCUCUUCUGCAGGCCGCCGAGAAGGGCGAAGCGGGCAUCUACGCCCUGUUUGGAGGCCAGGGUACGAACGAGGUCUACAUGGACGAGCUUCAAGGACUCUACGAUAUCUACACGCCUUACGUUGCUCCCUUCGUGGCUGCUAUGGUUAGCAGCAUUCUGGUACCGCUUGCCACCAGGUGGGAAUCCACCAACUACUAUGAAUAUGGCUUGGACGUCCUCUCGUGGCUCUCUGGCGAGAGCCCGCGCCCCUCAAUACCCUACCUCGCAUCGAUUCCGAUCUCGUAUCCACUCAUCGCGCUGACCCAGCUCGUACAGUAUCUCAUUGUUUGCCGAGUCGCGAACCUCACUCCUGGAGAGCUCCGCUCACUCCUCGCUGGAACGACCGGACACUCGCAAGGCCUCGGGUCUGCUAUUGCCAUCUCAGCUUCGGUGUCUUUCGAAUCCUUCUUUGAGAACUCCAAGAAGAUGCUCAAGUGGUCCUUCUUCUCGAGCCUCCGUGGGCAAGAGUUUUUCCCCAUCCUUGCUCUAGAGCCGAGCAUUGUCAAAGACGCCAUCGAAGGUGGUGAAGGCCCCCCGACCCCUAUGUUGACUGUCGGGGGUCUUCGGCUCAAGGACCUUGAGGCGCACGUGAAGAAGACAAACGCGCACCUAUCCGAGAACUCGAAGCUUCAGAUCUCCCUUCACAAUGCGUCGAAGGUCUUUGUGGUCACCGGUCCACCACGCGCUCUGUACGGUCUCGUCACCAGCCUGCGCAAGAUCAAGGCCCCCAGUGGUCUCGACCAGAGCAAGACCCCGUUCUCCCAGCGCAAGCCCGUGUUUGGCAUGCGUUUCUUAGUUGUAAAUGUUCCAUAUCACAGCCACUAUCUCGAAGGUGCCACGAAGAAGCUCAUUGAGGAGGAUUUGGGUGGUGAGGAGCUGUGGACUCCGCAGGAUCUGGGCAUUCCUGUGUACAACACGGAAGACGGCACCGAUCUCAGGAACGCGACCGGCUCGUUGACUGCUACUCUCUGCGAUCUAAUCUUCACGAGGCCGCUUCACUGGAUGAAAGCGACUGCCUUCCCAGAAACCGCAACUCACGCGAUUGACUUCGGCCCCGGGGGUCUCAACGGCUGCGGUGGGAUGACUGCUCGUAAUCUCGAUGGUCGAGGCAUUCGCGUUUCGAUUCUGGGCGACAAGGGCAAAGGCAUCGCGGAGUUGUUCGACGGCAAGCAGAUUCGUCGCGAGGAUUGGUGGAGCAAGAAAUAUAUGCCCAGUUUGGUUAAGACUAGCGACGGUACACUCCACAUCGACACACCAUUCUCUCGUCUCCUCGGUAAGCCACCAAUCAUGGUCGCGGGUAUGACACCGUCUACCGUCAGGGCCGGCUUCGUCUCCGCUAUCCUCAACGCUGGAUACCACGUCGAGCUGGCGGGUGGUGGUCACUACAAUGCCGCCGCCCUCCGCGCGAAAGUUGCCGAGAUCCAGGCCCAGAUCCCCUCUGGCGUCGGUCUCACCCUGAACUCUCUCUACAUCAACCCGCGCCAGUUCGGCUUCCAGCUCCCUCUUUGGCAGGAGAUGCGCCGCGAGGGUCUCCCAAUCGAGGGCUUCUGUGUUGCCGCCGGUAUUCCCAGUACCGACAAGGCCGCCGAGAUCAUCGAGGGUUUGAAGAACGCCGGCAUCAAGCACGUUUCUUUCAAGCCCGGUUCCGUUGAGGGUAUCCGCCAGGUCGUGAACAUUGCCGCUGCCAACCCCGACUUCCCCAUCAUCCUUCAAUGGACCGGCGGACGUGCCGGUGGUCACCACUCGUGCGAGGACUUCCAUCAGCCGAUCAUCUCUACCUACAACUCCAUCCGUCAGCAACGCAACAUCUGCCUCAUUGCCGGCUCCGGGUUCGGUGGUGCCGACGACGUUUGGCCCUACCUCACAGGUGACUGGUCGGUCGAACGCUUCGAUCUUCAGCCGAUGCCAUUCGACGGCUUCCUGUUCGCGUCUCGAGUCAUGGUAGCUAAGGAAGCGCACACCAGCUCGUCGGUGAAGGACCUCAUCGUCGCCGCGAAGGGCGUCGACGACGCCGAGUGGGAGGGCACUUACGCCAAGGAGACAGGGGGUGUCCUCACCGUCCGCUCGGAGCUGGGCGAGCCCAUUCACAAGAUCGCCAACCGCGCGGUCAAGCUAUGGAAGGAGUUCGACGAUACCGUCUUCAAGUUGCCGAAGGAUAAGCGAGCCGCCUGGCUCGUGGAGCACCGCGCAGAGGUUAUCGACAAGCUCAACAAGAACUUCAACAAGCCUUGGUUCGGGUGGAAGAAGGAUGACUCCGUCGUCGAAGACCUCGCCGACAUGACCUACGAGGAAGUCGUCCUCAGGAUGGUCCGCCUCAUGUACGUCGCGCAUCAGGAGCGCUGGGUCGACAAUUCGCUUCGCAACCUCACUGGUGACUGGCUCCGGCGCGUCGAGGAGCGCUUCGCGGGCGUCGACAACGGCUCCAAAGCAUCAAUCAUCCAGUCAUUCUCAAUCCUCGACAAGCCCCACGCGUUCAUCGAGGAAUUCUUCAGGACAUACCCUCUUGCGACCGAGCAGCUCCUCGCUACCGAAGAUAAGGCGUACUUCCUGGCAAUCUCGCAGCGUCCGGGUCAAAAGCCGGUGCCCUUCAUCCCUAUUCUCGACGCCAGCUUCGAAGUCUGGUUCAAGAAGGAUUCGCUAUGGGCUGCGGAGGACAUCGACGGUGUCUUCGACCAAGACCCUCAGCGUGUCUGCAUUCUGCAAGGCCCCGUCGCCGUCAAGCACUCGAUCGUCAAGGAUGAGCCUAUCAGGGACCUGCUCGGCAACAUCACGAGCCUCCUCGCGCAGAAGCUACUCGAACGUCUCUACGGUGGCGAUGAGAGUAAGGUGCCCGUCGUCGACUUCCUUGGUAAUAGGCCUGUUGCUCUGCCGGAGGAUAUCGCUUCCGCCCUCGGCGUCCAGCGCUCCAUCGCGGAGAAAGAGAUCGUCUAUCAGGUCAGCGAGUCGCUACCCGAGUCCUCUCUGUGGCUCGAGACCCUUGCUGGGCCUCGUCGUGACUGGCUGAGAGCUCUCCUCGUCGCUCCCAUCAUCGUCCAAGGCACUCAGUAUAUCGACAAUCCCCUCCGGCGCUUGUUCGCACCGCGCAAGCACCAGCGCGUCGUCAUCGACAUCGAGAACGGCCUCCCUACCGGAAUCUCGCUCUACGGCGCCGCCCGCUCUCACGGUGAGCACAAGCGCGACUUCAAGGCCGUUGAGGUCAAGUAUGAAUCGGCAUCACGUCACAUCCACGUUACUCUCUUCGAAGACCGUCGCGACGUCGCCGUCCCUCUCCACCUCGAGUUCGAGUACAAGCCCUCGAUGGGUUUCGCGCCUAUCCACGAGAUUGCGGAUAACCGCAACAAGCGUAUCAAGGAGUUUUACUGGAGGCUCUGGUUCGGCGACGACGAGGUCUUGCCUGACAUCGAUGUCCGCGCGACGUACACGGGUCCCGAGGUCACCAUCGAAGCGUCUCACAUCGAAACGUUCUGCGGCAUUGUCGGCAAUCAGAGUGAGUCGUUCAAGACUGUUCGCACCAAGGAAGUUCAGGCCCCCAUGGACUUCGCGAUUGUCACUGGUUGGCAGGCUAUCAUGAAGGCGAUUUUCCCUCAGUCGAUUGAUGGCGAUCUCUUGAAGCUUGUCCACCUCAGCAACGGCUUCCGCCUCAUCAACGGCGCUCGUCCUCUCAAGGCCGGUGACGUCUGCAAGGCGGAAGCUCGCAUCGUUUCCGUUACCAACACUGACACUGGCAAGGCGGUCAAGGUCAAGGGCUUCGUCACUCGCGACGACCAGCCCGUCAUCGAAGUCGUGUCUUCCUUCUUGUACCGCGGCCGCUUCGACGACUUCCAGAACACUUUCGAGCUCGUCGAAGAGCCCGACUACAUCGUGGAGGUUCCGGAUGAGGCUGCUGUCGGCGUAUUGAAAUCCAAGGAGUGGUUCGAUUGGAGCGACGAGACGAAGCCCCUGCAGGCCGGUAUCACACUCGUCUUCCGUGUGAAGUCCGAAGUCACCUAUCGCAACAAGACCUGCUUCAAGUCCGUCAACGUCUCCGGCGACAUCUUCGUUCGUGACCAGAUCAAGCGCCUCGUCAAAGUCGGCUCCAUCGACUUCCAGCACGAGGACAGCCGCGGCAACCCCGUCGUAGCGUAUCUGAAGCGUCAUGGCCAACCUCAAGGUCAAGUUUGCCUGCUCCCCGACGGCGGCUAUACGAUGACCACGCCUCCAGGCACAACAGUGUUCACGACGCCUUCGACGAACGAGCCGUACUCCAAGACCUCCGGCGACUUCAACCCGAUCCAUGUGAACCCGUAUUUCUCUGACUACGCGUCGCUUCCUGGCACCAUCACUCACGGCAUGUGGUCGAGUGCCGCUACUCGGCGAUACAUCGAGACCGUUGUCGCUCAAGGCAAACCUGAUCGUGUUGUUGCAUACGACGUCACGUUCGUCGGUAUGGUUCUCCCCGGAGACGAGCUGAAGGCUACUGUCAAGCACACUGGCAUGCGCGACGGCAACAUCGUCGUCAACGUCCAGACCGUCAACCAGCGCGGCGAGAAGGUGCUCGAAGGCACUGCCGAGGUCGCCCAGCCGACUACGACAUACGUCUUCACUGGCCAAGGUUCGCAGGAGCCGGGUAUGGGUAUGGAGCUGUACAACAACUCGCCUGCUGCUCGAUCCGUCUGGGAUGCUGCGGACGCCCACUUGACUGCGGUCUACGGCUUCUCGAUCAUCGAGAUUGUCAAGGACAACCCCAAGGAGAAGACGAUCCACUUUGGUGGUAUCAAGGGCCAGGCUAUUCGCCAACGCUACAUGGAUAUGACUUACGAUACGAUGGACAAGGACGGCAAUGUCAAGACGCUCCCUCUCUUCGGUGACAUCAACGUUCGUACCCAGCGCUACACUUUUAGCCACCCCGCUGGCCUUCUCUUCGCAACACAGUUCGCACAGAUCGCUCUCGUCGUCACCGAGCGUGCUGCCUUCGAGGACAUGCGCGCGAAGGGCUUCGUCCAGAACGAUUCGGCAUUUGCUGGUCACUCCCUCGGAGAGUACUCCGCUCUCGCUUCCAUCGCUGAUGUCCUCCCUAUCUCUGCCCUCGCCGAUGUUGUGUUCUACCGUGGUAUCACCAUGCAACGCGCUGUGGAACGUGACGCCCACAACCGCUCCAACUACGCGAUGUGUGCUGUCAACCCGAGCCGCAUCUCCAAGACGUUCACCGACGCUGCGCUCCGUGAAGUCGUUGAUAACAUUGCCAACCGUACUGGCUGCCUCUUGGAGAUCGUCAACUCUAACGUUGAGGGUCAACAAUAUGUUUGCGCCGGAGAGCUCGUUGCUCUCGAGACGCUGAGCAACGUGCUCAACUACCUCAAGAUCGAGAAGGUUGAUAUCCAGAAGCUCACGGAGAAGCUCACUGUCGACCAGGUCAAGGCUAUGCUUGCCAAGAUCAUUGACUCGUGCUUCAUGAAGGCCCAAGAGAAGCAGAAAGAUGAUGGCUAUAUCAAGCUCGAGCGGGGCCACGCCACUAUCCCACUUCCCGGUAUCGAUGUCCCCUUCCACUCCCGCUAUCUCUGGGCUGGCGUCCUGCCGUUCCGCGCAUACCUCUCGAAGAAGAUCAACCCUGCACACCUCGAUCCUGAUCGUCUUAUUGGCAAAUACGUGCCGAACCUUGUCGCAAAGCCGUUCGAUGUCACCAAAGAUUACGCUCAGCUCAUCUACGAUCAGACACUCUCGCCUCGCCUCGACAAGGUGCUCCGCAAAUGGGACCAGGAGAACUGGGGCUCGUAUGAGCAACGUCAGAAGCUCGCAUAUGUCAUUCUCGUCGAACUACUCGCCUAUCAGUUCGCGUCUCCCGUCCGCUGGAUUGAGACCCAGGAUCUUCUUUUCCAGCACUACAAGUUUGAGCGUUUCAUCGAGAUCGGCCCGUCGCCCACGCUUACAGGCAUGGCAACGCGCACGUUCAAGGCCAAGUACGAGACUCAGGAUGACUCCGUCUGUCACACGCGUCUGGUCCUUUGUCACGCGAAGAAUACCAAGGAAGUCUACUACCAGUUCGAAGAUGAAGCCGAGGCGCCUGCCGAAGGUGAGGCCGAGGCCGAGCCCACUGCUGCGUCCGCUGCCGCCGUCCCUGCCGCCCCUGUUGCGGCUGCUGCUCCAGUUGCGCCUCCCGCCGGCGGCGCUGCGGCCAUCGAGGACGUUCCUCUCAAGUCCACCGAUGUCCUUGUCGCCAUCGUCGCUCAGAAACUCAAGAAGCAGGUUGGCGAGAUUCCUCUCAGCAAAUCGAUCAAGGACCUCGUCGGAGGCAAGUCCACCAUGCAGAACGAAAUUCUUGGCGAUUUGCAGCUUGAGUUCUCCUCUGCUCCAGAGAAGGGCGAGGAGCUCCCUCUCGAAGAACUUGGUUCCGCCUUGAGCGUUGGCUACUCGGGCGCACUCGGCAAACAUAGUUCCGGCCUCGUCUCUCGGUUGGUCGGCGGAAAGAUGCCUGGUGGCUUCAACGUCUCUACUAUCAAGUCCUACCUGAAUAAGACUUGGGGUCUUGGCCCUCAGCGCGCGGAUGCUGUCCUCCUCCUUGGAGCAACGAUGGAGCCGCCCAAGCGUCUCGGCGCAGAAGCUGAGGCCAAAGCAUGGCUCGACUCGGUUGUCGCGGUCUACGCUCAGCGCGCUGGUGUGUCUCUCUCCUCAGGUGCCGCUGGUGGUGCUGGUGGUGGAGGUGGUGGAGGUGCUGUCAUCAACAGCGAGGAGUUCCUCAAGUUCCAGGCGGAGCAGGAGACCUUCGCUCGGCAGCAGAUUGAGCUUUACAUGCGCUACCUCAAGCAGGACUCGCGUGCUGGCGAGAUCAAGUAUGACGCGGAAAAGACCAACGUGACCGCGCUCCAAACCCGUCUCGACGCGAUCUCGAGGGAGCACGGCGACACCUACAUUGACGGCAUCCAGCCGGUCUUCGACGCUCUCAAGGCCCGUCACUUCGACUCCUCCUGGAACUGGGUUCGUCAGGAUGCGCUGCUUAUGUUCUACGACAUUAUCUUUGGUCGCCUUACCACCGUCGAUCGAGAAAUCACCGCCCGCUGCAUCCAGAUCAUGAACCGUGCCGACCCCGAGCUUGUUACCUACAUGCAGUACUAUAUCGACCGGUGCGAUCCGAACCGCGGCGAGACCUAUCAGCUUGCCAAACAGUUCGGUCAGCAGCUGAUCGACAACUGCCGUGAGGUCGUUGGCCAGCCCCCCCUCUACAAAGAUGUUACGUUCCCCACCGCACCGCACACGGAAGUCACCGACAAGGGCGAUAUCGUCUACUCGGAGGUCGUACGCGAGAACGUUCGCAAGCUGGAGGCUUACGUCGAGGAGAUGGCCAGCGGCGACACCGUCACGCCUCCAGCCAACAUCCAGAAGAUUCAAGAUGACGUUCUCAAGCUCUGGAACGUUGUCAAGAAUCAGCCUGAGAUCAGCGACGAGCAGAAGAACCGCGUCAAAGCGCUGUACGAGGGUGUUGUUCGUUCGCUCCACAAGCGCUCGGAGUCUCGUCCCCGUGCUGGUGCUCCCCGUGCCCGCCGCUCCUCCUCGCAGUUCUUGCGCCCCCAAGUGUCUGGCAUUGCCUCUGUCACUGCCGAUAAGAUUCCUCUUCUUCAUCUUAAGCGCAAGGUCGGCACUAGCUGGGAGUACAGCAGCAACCUCACUGGUGUCUACCUCGAUAUCCUCCACGAGAUCGCUACUUCCGGUACCACCUUCAAGGACAAGAACGCACUGUUGACUGGGGUUGGAAAGGGUUCGAUCGGUAUCGAGAUCCUUAAGGGUCUAUUGGCCGGUGGCGCUCACGUCGUCAUCACCACGUCGCGCUAUAGUCGUGCAACUGUCGAAUACUACCAGAGCAUCUUCCAACGCUAUGGCAGCAAAGGCUCUGCGCUUACCGUUGUUCCCUUCAACCAAGGCUCGAAGCAAGACGUUGAGGCGCUCGUCGACUACAUCUAUUCGACUCUCGGCAUGGAUCUCGACUACGUCUUGCCAUUCGCUGCCGUCCCAGAGAACGGCCGCGAGAUCGACGGUCUCGACGACAAGUCUGAGCUCGCGCACCGCAUCAUGUUAGUCAACCUCCUCCGUCUCCUUGGAGCGGUCAAGAUUAAGAAGGCAAGCCGCCACUUCGUCACUCGCCCGACUCAAGUUAUUCUUCCUCUAUCCCCCAACCAUGGUCUAUUCGGCAAUGACGGUCUCUACUCUGAAUCUAAGGUCUCUCUCGAGACUCUGUUCAACCGUUGGAACUCGGAGAGCUGGGGCGAAUACCUCUGUCUCGCGGGUGCAGUCAUUGGAUGGACUCGAGGCACCGGUAUCAUGGACGCCACCAACACUGUCGCACACGAGCUCGAGAGCUACGGUGUCAGGACGUUCUCCGCGAAGGAGAUGGCAUUCAACAUUCUUGGUCUCAUGCACCCACUGUUGUUCAGCAUUACUCAAGUCGAACCCAUCUGGGCUGACUUGAACGGUGGCAUGGACCGCUUGCCUGACCUCGCCGAAAUCACGACCAGGAUCCGGAUGAGCCUCAGGCAGAAGAGCGACUUGCGCCGCGCUGUUACCCGUGAUAAUGCUGCCGAUUUCAAGACUAUCCAAGGCGAUAAGGCUGAGCGUGUUCUUCAGACCGUUAACGUCACCCCUCGCGCCAACUUCAAAUUCGAGUUCCCCACCCUCGAGUCACUCGAGUCGCUCGAAGAUGUUUCUCGUCUCCGCGGCAUGAUUGAUCUUGACAAGGUCAUUGUGGUCACCGGCUUUGCCGAGGUCGGUCCGUGGGGCAGCUCUCGUACUCGCUGGGAGAUGGAGGCACGCGGCGAGUUCACCAUUGAAGGCUGCAUCGAAAUGGCCUGGAUGAUGGGCUUCAUCAAGCACUUCGACGGUCGUCUCAAGGACGGCUCCCUCCAUGUUGGCUGGGUGGAUGCGAAGUCUGGUGAGCCCGUCGACGACAAGGACGUUCGCGCCCGCUACGAGAAGGAUAUCCUCGCCCAUGCCGGCGCGCGCAUGAUCGAACCCGAGCUCUUCCGCGGCUAUGACCCUAAGAAGAAAGUCUUCCAUCAGGAGAUCGAGCUCAUCCACGACCUUGAGCCCUUCGAGGCUGCUGAGGCUGAGGCGCACAAGUACAAGCACGAGCACGGCGACAAGUGCGACAUCUGGGCCGGUGAAGGUGACCAGUGGUUCGUCAAGUUCAAGAAGGGCGCUCGAAUCUUCGUUCCCAAGGCUGUCCGCUUUAAUCGUCUUGUGGCUGGACAAAUCCCUACUGGUUGGGACGCGGGACGCUAUGGUAUCCCCGCCGACAUCGUCGCUCAAACCGAUCGUACUACCCUCUGGGCUCUCGUCUGCGCUGCGGAGGCCCUUAAUAUGUCCGGUAUCAUCGAUCCUUACGAGCUCUAUCAGCACGUCCACCCAUCUGAGGUUGGAACGAGUUUGGGUAGUGGUAUGGGUGGUAUGGAGUCCCUGGCUCGUAUGUUUAAGGACCGUCGCGACGAAAAGGACGUCCAGAACGAUAUCCUCCAGGAGACGUUCAUCAAUACCACUGCGGGCUGGGUCAACUUGCUCUUACUCUCGUCCAGUGGCCCCAUCAAGAUCCCCGUGGGUGCUUGUGCCACCGCUCUACAAUCACUCGAGAUCGCCUGUGACACCCUGUUGUCUGGCAAAGCGAAGGUCAUGCUUGCUGGCGGCUUCGACGAUCUUUCUGAGGAGGGCUCCUACGAGUUCGCUAACAUGAAGGCUACUAGCAAUGCGGAGACGGAACUCGCCAUGGGCCGCGAGCCAACCGAGAUGUCUCGCCCCGCGACUACCACUCGCUCGGGCUUCAUGGAGUCGCAAGGGACUGGUGUUCAUGUCCUUAUGAGCGCCAAAACUGCGCUUGAGCUUGGUGCUCCGGUUCGCGGUAUCGUCGCUUUCACAUCGACUUCGUCUGACAAGGCUGGUCGCUCCGUCCCUGCCCCAGGCCGUGGUGCGCUUUCCAUCGCUCGCGAAGUGCCGUCUAAGCACCCAGUUCCCAUCCUUGACCUCGAGUACCGCCGCCGCCAGCUCGACUUCCGUCGCAAGCAGAUCGCACAGUGGCUCGAGAACGAGCGUGAGCUUCUGCAAGGCGAAGUCGAGUAUCGCAAGAGCCAGGGCCAGGAGCUGGACGAGGAAUACCUCUCGUCUCGCGUCGCUGACAUGGACCGCGAGGCCGCUCGUCAAGAGAAGGAUGCCCUUGCCGUCUAUGGUAUGCUCGAGGGCCAGGACGAACGUACUGCUCCUCUUCGCCGCGCACUCGCCGUCUGGGGCCUCACUGCUGAUGACGUCGGAGUCCUCUCUAUCCAUGGUACCUCGACUGGUGCGAACGAGAAGAACGAGACUGACAUCUGGAACAACGUCUUCACAUCACUCAAUCGUACCCGUGGCAACGCUGUUCCAAUCAUGGCACAAAAGGGUCUCUGCGGACACUCCAAGGGUGGCUCGGCAGCUUGGCAACUGGCUGGUCUCCUCCAGAGUGUCUAUUCGGGCAUUAUCCCCGGCAACCGCAAUGCAGACAACAUCGACUCACUCUUCAAGCAGCACACGUACCUCAUGUUCCCGUCGAAGACGAUCCACACCGAUGGCAUCCGCGUCGGCCUGAUGUCCUCGUUCGGCUUCGGUCAAGUCGGUGGAACUUGCUUGAUUCUUCAUCCCCGCUUCCUCUUCGGUGCCAUCGAGCCGUCGUUGUACGAGAAGUACAGAGUCGAGAAUCGCCGCCGCUACCGCCUAUCAUACAAGGCCAUGAGUGAGAUGAUGAUCACCAACUCGCUUGUCCGUAUCAAGGAUGCCCCGCCUUACACCAAGGAGCUUGAGGGUCCUGUGCUACUCAAUUCCAUGGCUCGAGCAACGUAUGAUUCCAAGACGGGCAGCUACGCCUUCACGAAAAAGCUUUUGAAUGCGCCCAACCUUGAUGUGUCGAAUGCUCCUGCGAUGACUGAGAUCCUCUCCAAGGAGGCCGCCAGUGGCGUCGGUGUUGAUCAAGAGCUGAUUUCUGCUGUACCCUCGUGGAACUUGACCUUCGUCGAGCGUAAUUUCACGGAGGCGGAGGUCGCGUAUUGCACGUCGCAACCAUCACCCCCUGCAUCAUUUGCAGCUCGGUGGGUCGGCAAGGAAGCUGUCUUCAAGGCCUUGGGUGUCUCCUCCAAAGGUGCCGCGGCUCCGUUGAAGGAUAUCGAGAUCAUUCCCGAUGAGUCUGGCGUCCCGACUGUCGUCCUCCAUGGUGACGCAAAGGCGGCGGCCGAGGCCAAGGGCAUCUCAAAGGUGCACAUCUCGCUCAGCCACUCCGAGACAACCGCUAUCGCGUUCGCUCAAGCUACCACUGCGUGAUCUUCCUUCGGUCUCUCUUCGGGUGUUUCGUCUCUGGUGGGUUCUUGUAGGCUUGGCUCUCACGUACCGCAUUGUUUGUUGUCAUUAUAUCGCACGCUCUCAUGCAUAAAGGUUACUCUAUAAUAUUCUUUGUAUUACUGCCGUUCUCAACAUAGAUCUCUUUGUCACCUGGAGCGAUAUGAGCCAUUACGCAGCUUCGAAAAUUUGAGCCAGUAUUAUUCAUCCGACGGUAAGUAUAGAUGCUCUCUUCGUAUGUAGUCAGCUAUGGAAAUGGAGACCAUGUGCGUCCAGAUUGUGUCUGAGAGCGCAAUCCUCUCCCUUACCUCGCUUGAGCUGUAGCUCUCGACUUUCUCUCCAAUAUCUAUCAUGACAACGCGGUCUGACUUGAUAUACUCUCGAGACAGCUCGGACACUCGUCGUUCCCGGUCUUCAGGGUUUUCAGGCGAUCCUGGAGUUAUCCGCCUCGAGCAAAUGAGACGAGAGUUAUCCUGUUCCGUAGAUAGAAACUGUUGGAGAGAUCGGUGCAUAUUUUCCUCGCUGUCCCCGUAAUAUCGGACAGCCAGGAUACGCUCCAGCGUAUCGAUGCCCACUAGGAAAGUGAGCUCAGGCUUCGCUAUGAACGAAGAUGCGUUGUCUUCUGGCCGUUCGCCCAACGUCUGUGAUGUUGCAACCAAGGCUAGCCGCCUUUGCAGCCACUCGCGUAGUACUCGCGACUUGCCAGCAAAUGUCGGCUCGUCUAUGAUAGCUAUAGCCAUGCUCGAGUUUGUAGGAGCCCCCAGAGACGUGGCAGAGCCGGAAUUGGUGUCUGCAAGGGAUUGUUGGGCCUGCGACGAUGAGACAUCUUUGGCGAGCAGGAUCAUCAUCUCUAGGCGCUGUAUGUAUGUCGCGUCGUUUGGUUUGAGCGAUUUGUCCGCAUUGCGAACAGAUAGCAGAAGGAGCCUUGCAUCAAAGUCCGCAAUGUCCUGUGGUGUGCCAGCUACGUCAGCAGGGGUAGCCUGUACAGAUGAAGGGACGCUCGCAAGCGCGAGGUGAGCAAGCGUCGGUGGGUUGAAGGACGAGUCGAGGAUGGAUACUCUCAAGGGUCUUCGUGGAUCGGAGACAUUUUUUGGCAGAGGCCAUCGGUCGUGGGGUGUGUGUACAAGUUCCACCACGGAAAGGCCUUGUUUCACGCGGUGGAUGAGGCCUUCGAGACGGGCUGGCAUCAUUGGCAAAUGCUGGGGAACUGUGAAG